CUAGAAAAGAUGGUGGCUUACAUGGUGACAUACUACAUUGAUUGUUGCUCGAUUUCAAGUGUAUUCACUUCUUAAUUGGAACGUUUUUUUUCAACUGCAGCCAUGCUCAAAUUACCAUAUGGAUAAUAACUUCAAGCUGGCCAUGAAUUACGGGAAAAAAAUUGCCUUGUUCCGCCCAUCUAGUCGCAGUAUUGAGAGUGAGAGUGUUAUAAGUUUCGAUGAGCUUGAAGAUGACGAAAAAGACAAUGUCAAGCGCAAAACUCGCAAUCUCAGCGAGAAGAAGCGCAGGGAUCAGUUCAACGUCCUCAUCAAUGAGCUGUGCUCCAUGGUCGCGGCCAACAGUAAAAAGAUGGACAAGUCGUCCGUGCUUAAGUCGGCGAUACAGUUCCUCAGGAAUCAUCAAGAGUUCUCCGUGCAGUCAGCUGCCAAUGAGAUAAAGGAGGACUGGAAGCCGACAUUUUUGUGCAAUGAAGAGUUUGCUCAGCUCAUGCUGGAGGCUGUGGACAGUUUCUUGGUGGUGUUCACUCAACAGGGAAAAAUUCUCUUCACGUCCGACAGCAUCACGUCUCUGCUGGGACAUCUAGCGGGGGAUCUGAUCAACCAUUCGUUGUACGACUUGAUGCACGAGGACGACCGGGUCAAGUUUUUCAACCUGCUCUCCAAACAUUCCUCACAAGACGUGCCCGAGGAGAAGACGAUGUCAUUCACCUGCCACCUGAAGCGAGGCACCAUCGACCCAGGGGAGCCAAUCACAUACGAGUAUGUCCGAGUCUGUGGGACAUCGCAAGUCAUCGGUGAUUCCGAUGAAGAUGCCAUGGUGAACGACAACAGCGACUUUAUUGGCAUCGACCUACCAGAACAGUCGCUGUGCUUCUGCUGCACGGUGCGCCUCCAGACCUCUCACAUCAUCCGGGAGAUGUCCACGGUGGACGAGGCCACUAACGAGUUCACCUCUCGUCACUCGCUGGAGUGGAAAUUUUUGUUUUUGGACCACAGAGCUCCACCGAUCAUAGGUUACCUGCCGUUUGAAGUCCUGGGGACGUCGGGUUACGACUACUACCACCCUGAUGACCUUGAGAUUGUGUCGAAAUGCCACGAACAGUUGAUGGCCAUGGGCAAAGGCACGUCCAGCUUUUACCGGUUCCUCACCAAAGGCCAGCAGUGGAUCUGGCUGCGCACGCGGUACUUCAUCACCUACCACCAGUGGAACUCCAAGCCAGAGUUCAUCACCUGUACCAACACUGUCGUCAGCUACCAAGACGUCAGGAAGCAGCUGCGACAGGACAUGGGUUACGUCGACGGCGACUCUGCGGUCUCCACCAACGACUCCAACGCCACGGGAAGCGGCAGCAACGGCGCCAGUUUCCCUUCGGGGGCGGCCAGGGAAGAGCGCUCGUCUCAAGAGGGUCACGUGACCUCGUUCAGCCAAUCCAAGAGCUUGAGCGCCCUCAACAGGAGGAUGGUGCAGUCCCCAGAUGUGGCCUCGACACAACCGCUGCCUCAGCCAAGUCUAGUGGCAGGUCACACAGCUCCAGUAUAGCUCCGACCAUGGUGACCAGCAGUUCUCAGGCCAGCCUAGUGAGCCACAGCGGCCCGCCCUCGGCCAACAGUCAGUCCCAUGCCGCCCCGAAUCUUGUGCCAGUCAUGGCUGCCGCCACGCCCACUAGCCUGGUCACCAUGGCCUCCAGUCAGAGG